AUUUAUAUUAUACACCCUUUUUCAACUUCUUUGGUAGCACCUCCACGUUAUAAAAUUAACAAUCACACUAAUAUAAUAUUAUAUCCAUUCACCCAACACAUUCAUUCUAUAACAUACUCUUUAUUUUAUCCCGUCUUACAAAGUUUAGGAAUUUCUUUUAUUGCAACAAGUCCGAUUCAUGCAAUCUCCAAACGAAACCAAAUGAAUCCUAAUAUAUCUGUGUGGAACUUUUAGAUAUCAACCACAUAUGUUGUGUCUUGAAAUUCUUGCAUAAUAGUUUUGUUGUUUUGUACAGGAGAAGUGAAGGAUGCGGGCAUAAACAGGAGUCCAAGUGCAUAUUUGCAGAACCCUGCAAACGAGAGAGCAAGAUAUGCCUCCAAUGUUGACACAGAAAUGACUCUUUUGAGGUUUGUGGAUGAAGAAAGUGGUCAAAGUAUAGGAGCAUUCACUUGGUUUGCAACACAUGGAACUUCCAUGAGCAAUAAAAACAAGCUCAUUACUGGCGAUAACAAGGGUGUUGCAGCAAGACUUUUUGAAGAUUGGUUUGCUUCUCAAAACACAUCUUCAACCACCAACUCUUCAGUACCAGAUGUUGGGCAACUAGUGAAGAUGGCACAAUCAAUUAAGGCCACAGGAGGAAAAGACUGCAGCAAACAAGCAAGCCAAGCAUCCAAGGUGAGGAAGAAUGAUGGAUCCUUAUUUGUUGCAGCAUUUUGCCAAUCAAAUGUUGGAGAUGUGUCGCCAAAUGUUUUAGGAGCAUUUUGCAUUGACACUGGAAAGCCUUGUGAUUUCAACCAUUCUUCAUGCAAUGGCAAUGACCAACUUUGUGUAGGCAGAGGACCAGGGUACCCAGAUGAAAUAUUAAGUACCAAGAUCAUAGGUGAAAGACAAUUCAAAAGUGCUGUGGAAUUGUUUCAGUCAGCUUCAGAGGAAGUGAAAGGGAAGAUUGAGUACUUUCAUGUGUACCUUAACUUCACAGACAUUGAAGUUGAAUUGGAGAGUAAUAAGGUGGUUAAAACUUGUCCUGCAGCACUAGGUCCUGGUUUUGCAGCAGGCACUACAGAUGGGCCAGGUGCUUUUGGGUUUCAACAAGGAGAUUUAAAGAUUAAUCCAUUUUGGAAGAAUUUGAGGGAUUUCCUCAAAGAACCAAGUCAAUAUCAAGUGGACUGCCAAAACCCAAAGCCAGUUUUGCUGAGCACCGGCGAAAUGUUUGAUCCUUAUGCUUGGGCGCCAGCAAUUCUUCCAAUUCAAAUCCUAAGAUUGGGAAAGUUGAUCAUUCUUUCUGUACCAGGAGAGUUUACAACAAUGGCUGGCAGAAGGCUAAGGGAGGCAGUGAAGGAGAUAUUAAUAUCUAGCAGCAAUGGAGAAUUCAAUGACAAAACACAUGUGGUUAUAGCAGGACUUACAAAUACUUACUCACAAUACAUUGCUACUUUUGAAGAAUAUCAGCACCAACGGUACGAGGCUGCUUCAACACUGUAUGGUCCUCACACAUUGUCAGCAUACAUCCAAGAAUUUAAGAAACUAGCACAAGCAAUGGCUGAAGGACAGAACAUCACUACAAAAGGUCCCUCUCCACCAGAUCUCUCAUCUGUACAAAUAAGUCUAUUACUUGGUCCGGUUGGAGACUCACCUCCUGAAGGAAUCGAAUUUGGUGACAUAAAAGAAGACAUAGCCUUUCCAGAAAGAGGCUAUUUUAGGAAGGGAGAUACACCAAGUGCUACAUUCUGGAGUUCUAAUCCAAGAUAUGAUCUUCUGACAGAGGGCACAUUUGCUGCAGUGGAGAGGCUGCAAGGGGAAAGANGGAUUGCUACAUAUGAUGAUGAUGAUUUAAGCUUGUUUUUCAAGUGGAAAGUAGAUAAUAGUUCCAUGCAUGGAUUAGCUACAAUAGAAUGGGAAAUACCAUUUGGUUCUGUUUCUGGAGUAUACAGAUUAAGACACUUUGGAGCAACAAGGAUCACCAUUACCUCCCCUAUUAGUUACUUCACUGGUGCUUCAAGUGCAUUUGCAGUGCAGUAAAAUAGAAGCUCUGUUUUAUUG